AUGAAAUGUGGUGGACGAUAUCGGUUUGGAAACACCCUAUUGUGGGCAAACGGAAGCAUGCAGGACAAUCGAUGGCUUCAUUUCGCAUAUGAAACUUGCGAAUUGAAGCAGCCCGUGAUAUUCUGGCAGUACAGGUGCGCAAUGACAGCAAACUAUACAGCCAGCAAGACAACAAAACGAAACUUCCGCAAGGAAGCAGAUCUGGACCGUCAAGGGCAAAAACACGAUGCUGUACAAGACUGUCUGCAUCAAAUUGGAUGGUUAGUAAAGGGUCUAAACGCAUCAAUGGGAAAGCAAGCCAUUAGUAUUCCUUCUUCUGUCUCUUACAUCCCCUCUGGCUCUUCUGUCUCCGAAAGACCAUCGAAAAAGCGAAGACUCGAUUGCGAAGAUGAGUGA